AUGCAAAGUCAAAGACCCAUUGAGACGUUGUUGUUCAUGCAACGGGAAAAGGACUUCAACUCCUGCCUGAAUGAGCUGAAUCCGAUUGGAAUACCGGUGCUACGACUGGACGGAGCUAACGGGUUUAAGCUAGGCGAACACUUCAAUAGUGAGGCACUCGCCCUGCUCUGCAUACAGCAGCCGGAGGACGUCAUGCUGCUGCAGUGCCUGGCCGAGAUUCUGGACCGGAUCAGAGAGACGCGUGCUCUGAUCUGGUUGAAUAUUGCCGAGGCUGAUCCGGAGGAAUAUCUAGCGCUGAUAGCCGAUCGGGCAGACACCUACAAUUUGAUGAAUAUGCUGGUGCUGCACUCCAUGCCAAUGGAACUAUCGAUAAGCGCCUAUCGAUUGCAGCCUUUUCCGGAGGCGACUUUCGCGCCUCUGAAUGAUUCAGAUGGAGGUAAAAUCUUCAACCGGAUCUGGGGCGACUUUCAGCAGAGGACAGCCAUAGCCCAUCCGAGUCUACAUAUUCCCGGCAGUUUCCUGGCCAAGCACAGAGUGGGGGGCGGAAAAUACUUGGGCGGCUACAUGGAUCGACUUAUCAAGCAGUUCGCUCGAAUAUACAAUAUUCGAUUGAGAUUCAGGAGGCCGGUGAACGAGAGCAGCUGGCUAAGUGACAUGGAAAUCCGGGGUCUGGUGAGGCGGAAGGAGGUGGACUUGCCCAUGUACGGCCGGAUAUUCUCCUUCAAUACGGAGUACACCACCUACCUGGACAUCGCCCAGGUGUUCAUAGUCGUGCCGUGUGGCAAAGAGAUGCGAUUGGACGACAUCUAUAAGAGUCUACGGCCCUACUUUCUGGUCACACUGGGCGUCUAUCUGAUCUUCGCCCUGCUCGAACAGCUCCUGGAGCUGGCGAAUCAGCGGAUCGGCCGACGUGAGGGCGUGAACUGGAACUGGUUCACGUGGCUCGUCAAUCUGCGCGCCUUCGCUGGCGCCUUGGGCCUGCCCAUCGGCAUCAUCCGACGCUAUCGCAGCCUCACGAUGCGACAGUUCCUCAUGCUCAUGUACGUCUUCAGCCUGGUCUUCAGCUGCUUCUUCAGCGCCAGCCUGAGCGCCCUGCUGACCAAGCUGCCCUGCUAUCAGCACAUCCAGAACUUCGAGGAGCUCCAGCGAAGCGGCUUGCCCGUCAUGUUCGACGAGUAUGCAGCGAGCAUGAGCGAGCUGCAGGAGAAUCGCGUGCAGAUCGGACAGCUGACCAAUAAAGUUCUGGCACCCAACAUCAAGCGCAACGAUCUGAUGUUCGCCCUGGACACGCACCACGCCUACCAGACCUCCAGCCGGCUCUGGCAGAUCGUGAACAACUACCAGAGCCGCUACAGACGUAACGUCCUAUGCGCAUCCCCCGGCCUGAUCCUCUUCUAUGACUAUCCCAUUGUGGGCCUCGUGCAGAGCAACUCCGUCUUCAAGGCAACCCUGAACGAGUUCAUCUAUCGCGCCCACGACGUCGGCCUGGUCAGGCAUUGGAUCUUGGAGGCCAUGCGCAGCCUGACGGCCACCCAGAUCGAGCCCCACAACCAAACCCAUUCGUAUGCCGAGUUCACCCAGGCUCCACUCACAAAUCGCGAUCUGCUUUGGGUUUUAUAA